GUGGAGUCCGCGCACUUUCUUAUGUCUUUCCUGCUUCAGUUUGUGUGGACAAGAAGCACACUCUGAAUGUUAACGAAAAUGACGCUGGAUUUGUUUCAAGCGUCAGUUUUAAUCUGGAUGUCUCUCCUGCUGGGAUGGCGUACCAACUCAAAGCUCCGGUAGAUGGUUUAUUUACGUUGGAUAACCAAAACCGCGUAAAGCUUCUAAAAGCUCUAGAUUAUGAAGCUCGUAACGCCUAUGAUUUGAUGUUGUUGUUACAAGAAAACCAAGUUACCGUUCCAUACGCAGCAUGCCAGAUCCGUGUGAACGUGGUAGACGUCAACGAAGCGCCCGUUGUAACCAAUUACCAAGCCUCCCGUGUUAUUAAAGAGAAUGCUCUUCCGCCGGUCUCACUUCCAGCGGCUUUAGGUGCUACCGAUCCUGAUGCGUAUGACUCCUUUACAUUGGCGAUAGCUAGCGGUGGAAAUGACAACUUCGUGAUCAACCGAGAAGGGUUUAUUGUGGCGACCAAGUCACUAGACUUCGAAACAACACCCCAGUUCGUAUUGGAUGUUAUUGCGAAAGAUUUAGGUGGGUUGGAAAAUCACGCUAGCGUUGUGAUUGUUGUCCAAGAUGGCCCAGAACCACCAGUCUGUGCUUCUUUCCCGUUUAAUGUAGCAGAGAAUACAGUGGUCGGGACAAAUAUUGGAACCAUGAAUGCUCACGUUUCAGAUCCUGACGCGGGAGACUCUAUUACAUAUCGACUACUUUCUCAAAGUGUCCCGGGAACACUAUCUAUUGACUCAUCAACCGGUGCACUUACUUUACAGAAAGCGCUCAACUAUGAAAUUCAGGAUACUAUCCCCUUCGGAGCACAAUUUACGGAUAAAACGGGCCUUCAAGUUACGUGUGACUACACUAUCGCUGUCACGGACUCGAACGAUGUCCCCGUUUUGACUAGUGCUGUCUUCCGUGUUCCAGAAAAUUGCGCCGGAAACGAUUGUUUGGUUGGAGAUCUGGCUAAGUUCGCGUUUGAUGAGGACAAGGGCACAGUUCUCACGUUCACUUUGGUUUCAGGCGGCGAUUCGCUUUCCAUUCAGGGCUCGCAACUAUGGGCAACCGGGAGUUUAAACUUUGAAAAGACCCCUGUCCUCAAAAUUAUUGUAUCGGUUGACGACGAAAGACACGGUCACGACGAGACUGCAAUGGCAGUGCAAGUUGUCGACGUGAAUGAACCCCCUACUGGCAAGAUUUUUACAAAGAAAAUUCUCGAGAAUAUUCCAAUUGGAACUGUGGUUUACACGUUCGAGGCCAGUGACCCUGAGGGAGAUCAACUUGUGUUUACGAUCGUGCGCGCGGAUACCGGAUUCGACAGUUUGUUUGGCGUUGUAGGUGGGAAUAUCGUGACGAAAGCUGAUAUCGAUUACGAAGCUUUGACCGCUCACUCGUUUCAGACUCAUAUCCGUAUUUGUGACCCGCUUAAACUGUGCACUGAGGUUGGACCAAAUACGAUUGAAAUAAUGGAUGGUCCAGACGCACCGAUCAUCGAGACAGCAGCUGCGACGGUCUCUAUUCCUGAAAGCGCUAGUAUUGGGUCCGCUGUGGGAGCUACGUUUACGGUUUUGGAUGAAGACGUGGGACAAAGUUCACAGCUUGUGUACGCGAUUCACUCAGGAGAUCCACAGAAUCAAUUUUCAAUAUCCGGAUCAACAGGAGCCUUGACAGUGAGCUCUUCGUUGAAUGCUGAGGUCGUGAGCGAGUACAAAAUAAUCAUGCAGGCUACCGAUGCAGACGGCUUGAUCGGGUACUCAGACCCGAUAAUAAUUGCCGUGCAAAUGGUACCCUCACCGCCUUAUUUCGUUGGGACUGCUGCUGCCAAGGCCAAUUACAACGUUGAUUUGAGCCAGUUGGGUGACGGCUCGUACGCUACAGUUUCGUUGCCCAUAGCGGACAGAGAUCCGGGGCAGAUUGGUGGAAUUUGCUCGAUUACUACAGCGAACGAUAAGUUUUCAAUUAAAACCAGCACCGAUGGAACGGCUUGUGAGCUGUCGGUUCUACAAGAUGUAUACAUCCCUGAAGUAGCAGACAAUGAGCGUAUCAGUGUCGGAUUGCGGGUUACGGAUACUGUCAACGCUUCGUCGUUCAGUGAAGUAACGAUUCAUGUUUUGUCUCGCAACAUUAACCACCCUCCAAAGUGCACUAGUGCGGAAGUCCAGGUUUUGGAGAAUUCGCCUUAUGGUGUUAUUGUUGGCACUAUUACAGGCAGUGACCCAGAUGUCACUGACAAAGUAUCUUUUUCCAUCGUGUCCGGCGAUGACAGUGAUGUUUUUCACAUAAAUUCGACGAGUGGUGUUGUUACUGUAGGGACCAAGUCACCUGAUUACGAAACAAAACGUCGAUAUACUCUUAAGAUUCGCGUUCGAGAUGAUUCUGCGACCCCGCUUAGUGGCGUUUGUACCUUGGGUGUUGAUAUCGGGAAUGAACUGGAGUCUCCGGUAUGUUCUGCAACAGUAUUCACGACCGUAUCCGAAAAUAACGCGAUGAAUGCUCUAGUUGGAGAUGCUCUCUGGAAGAUCUGCAUUGAUCCAGACGUCGGUCUGGGGAAUUCCACGGCUUUUCUUUUUGAAGUUGUCGGUGACAACCAGAAGUUCACAGCCGACGUUGCUACAGGCCAACUAAAGGCUACUCAAAUGCUUGACUUUGAACAGCAACGAGCUUACAACAUCACACUGAUAGUCCGGAAUGCUUUUCGACCCGCAAAGAGCACUCUUCUUGGUGUUAAUGUGGAGAUACUAGACCAAGAUGACCCUCCCAAGUUGUCAUUCCGACCUACCUUUCCAAGUUCGACAUUGGUUGGCGUAGACGUCCCAGAAAUGGCUGUUAUUGGCACUUCGGUAGGCACCCUGGCUGUUUAUGACGAAGAUGCCAAUGAUGUAUGUACAGUGGCAUUAGUAAAUUCUGCCUUCGUGGUUCAAUCGAUCAAUUCUACGGCCUACAAUCUUGUUCUAGCCAAGCCACUGGAUUACGAGACUCGUUCACGUUACUCACUCCAAGUGACUGCGACAGAUACAGCAAAGGUGUCAGCGACGCUUACGAUAGACGUUCGAGUUUCUGACGUCAACGAAGCUCCAUAUUUCCCGACCAACCAGCAUUUCUUUAUUGCUGAAAACGUUGCCAUGCAUACUAUCGCGACCUCUAAAUAUCGACCUCGUGGUCCGUGCACAAUUGUGGAUGAUACUGCAAGAAUUGACAGUCAAACUGUUGUAGCGUAUGGAAUUUGCUUACAGCGCUGUGCACAAAUGGAAACUUGUGAGGCUGGUGUUUUCAAUUAUUCCUCGUCGCUGUGCAGUUUAUACAAAACGUUACCGACGUCGUGUGUGCCAUGCGAGAAUUGCGAAAGCUUUGAAAGUAUCGGUGAACACUCAAUUAACACAGCACUUUUGAUUUCAAAUGAUACUGUGAAUGUGCACCAAGACAAGUUGGUACGUGUACCUGAUACAGACUUCACGCUGGAGUGCUGGGUCGCUAUUAGUGCGAAUGAGGGGGCGCUUGUGACUUGGAAAGACAACAGCAAUUCUUUUACGGGCUUGCAGCUGGAAUAUGUUGGGGAAACUUUACGGAUCAGUUUACACGGAGUUGUGAUCAACACUAAAGUAGCGUUCAUGCCGGCUCUUUGGUAUCAUGUGGCUCUAACUUUUGAUAGUACUCAAGGUGAGCUGAAAGUGUAUCUGGAUGGCGGAGUCGUUCUCCAGCAGCAAAUUCUGUCUCGUAUUGGAAGGAAAUGGGGCACAUCAGCUACACUUGUGGUUGGCAAUUGUGGUUAUGGAGUAAACUGUCCGGUGAAACCAUUCAUCUUCUCCAUCGACGAGUUACGUUUGUGGAACAAAGUCAUGACUUUUGAGGCCAUACGAUCAAACUUUGCUCGCUCAAUCGAUCCAAAGCAGACUUCUCUGCUCGCGUUCUACAGGCUUAACGGCGAUCUCGUGGAUGCAAUGUCUAGCGGAUCUUCCAUGAACACUUCUGACGGUAAAGUUGCGCAAUUCGGAAGCGCCCCAGUUAUCAGUGAGUCGACUGGAAAAGUGGCUAAAAGAUGGCGCUUAUUAGUUAUUUCGGACAAUGGGGCUACAUCGUUUGGUAUCGCGGAGCUUGUUUGGUUUUCAGAGGGUACAAGAUUAGACAUGGCGACAUCUCUUUUAAGUUUCAAAACGUCCGGAGGCUCAGAUUUCAGCAAAGCAAUUGAUAGCGACACAACCACAAUCGCCAAGAUAGGUUCUGACUUUGUCGGCGGUACAGGUAUAUGGAUAGAACUUGUCUUUAAGAUUCCAGUUAGCGCAACCAAAGUGGUUCUCGACACCGAUAACGAUCUGACACACUGCGUAUCCGUUGUCAUAAUUCAAUACUGGGACGCUGUCAAAGCGGACUGGGGAGCAUCGUCGUAUCUUCGAAACAUCAACAAGCCAUCCUCGCGCUUUGCUUCGUAUGCUCCCACACAGUACUUACUAGCAGAUGACGAUGACACCGGUACGACCAACCUAACAUACACUUUACGAAGCGAUCACUUCGCUUCUCUCUUCGAAAUCGAUUCUUCGACGGGUUACAUCAAAAUAAACACCUCUGCUCUGGAUUACGAGACUCAGAAUUACUACGAACUUCAAAUAAACGUACAGGAUAAUGGCAACUUGCGUGCAUGGACGACGGUAAUGAUUUGGAUUGUGGAUGUGAACGAGGCUCCCAUGCUGAUAGCUAACUCCAUUUUACAAGUUUCUGAAACUGCGGGAGUUGGAACGACAAUCGAGAGAAUUAAUUUCUAUGACCCCGAUAAUGAUGAUCUAGCUGUGUCGAUAGUCGAGGGCAACUAUCAAGAUGCAUUUUCCAUCGAGAUGAAUUCAUUAGUGGUAGCGCACGAAGUAUUGGAUUACGAAACGUACCCGACGUACUCGCUAAAGCUCUUAAUCCAGGAGCUACGUCCGGUGAAUCCGCUUUCUGCCUACGGAUACCUUGCUGUUACUGUCCGUGACGUAAAUGAGGCUCCUAUUUGCAGCAAUCAAACACGAAAGGUCCCCGAAAAUGCGCGCGUUGGAACUCGCAUCGGAGAUGCUCUUGUCGCAACGGAUCCUGAUAUCGGCCAGAGGGUUUCUUUCACUUUUGUUGAUGGAAAUGGAGACAGUUUUUUCGCGGUGGACUCAGUAACAGGUCAACUUAGUGUAGCUCAGGGCCCAGCACAGAACUUUACCGGGUGCUUUUCGCAUCUUCGCAAUGGCUUGAUAGGGCCAUUUAAUACGGACGAAAGUUUUAUCCCGUUCAGCGAUUGCUACCAAAGGUGUUUUUCGUUCCAAUUCAUGGCUCUAGGCUUCGGUUACGAGUGCUGGUGUUCUAACAUGAUGCCUGGUUUAAUGGAAAAUCGACUCACUCAAACUACGUGUGAUAUAGUAUGCAAUGAUGCGCCUGGAAAAAGUUGCGGCGGAAUAAAUCAAUACGCGGUUUAUCAGUUGGGUGCUCCGUUGGACUACGAAAAAAACCAUCGUUACGUUAUUCUACUGAAGGCAGUUGAUAAUGGGAACCCUGCAAUGGCUACCGUAUUCAACGUUACAAUCGAUGUGACUGAUGUAAACGAGGCUCCAACGAUUGCAACAUCCGACAUUUAUGUUGACGAAGGGAAAGCGACAACAGUGGACUUGUUCAAAGUCCUAUUUAUUGGAGAUGAAGACUCAAGUGACACAUCGAGGGUAUCACUGGUUUGGUGUAGUGAGCGGACAUGCCCCUUUGAAUAUGAUGGUGCUAAGAAUCAGUUGAUCGUUAACAUAGCGCUCGAUUAUGAACAAAAGCAUUCCUACGUAUUGACGUUUCGGGUCACUGAUAAUGGAUCACUCACGGCAGACAGCAAUUUGACUGUUUUCGUUCGAGAUGUGAACGAGCCUCCAAUCAUUUUCUAUUCUGACUUCGAAUUGCGUGAGAAUAUGCCGAAUGGCUCUCUGAUUGGACUGCCAGUAGCUGCGUAUGAUCCGGAUCAAGGUGGCGGCGUUGAAUUUUCUAUUGCGUCUCAAAGUGGCGACGGCUGUUUGCAGAUUGGAGCACAUUCUGGACAACUAUCUGUCGCGAAAACGACCUGCUUUGACUAUGAAUCUCUGCUGUUUGAUAGCAUGGAAAGUUCAGCUUCUCUAAUACACAAUACUGACCAAGUAACCAUUACAGGUGUACGUUUCAUUGGAGAGACCAAGUCUCAAUCUCUUGUAGAAAUUCUCUACACAAGAAGUGCGCAGGGGCCAGUAGCAUUUUGGACAUCACUACGAGAAGUGUUGGUCGUGCGCGUAGAUACGUCAGGAGAUUUAUUUUAUGCUACUAACAUUACCGCUGAACCUGUGGCAAACAGCAAUACUGUCACUGGAACAAUAACGUUUGAGCUACCACGACUACGCAUUGGCCAUGUGCUUGAUGGGAAGUUGAGGGACACCGAAUGGUACCGAUUAUUUGACGUGGCUAAACUGAAAAAAACUUUCCAAGUCAUUAUUUCGGUGCACGAUUCGUCACCAGAUGCGCUUUCUUCAACAAAAAUGUUUGAUAUCAAGCUACUGAAUCAAGUCGAGCCCCCCGUCUUGCUGCCCAACAUAACCGUUCAAGUUGUUGAGAACACACCGAUUGGAACACGUAUCGAGCCUGCUAUGACGUCGCUGUUUGAUGACCCUGAAGGAUCGACAGCAUUGCAAUUUUCAUUGGCGUCUCAAAGUAUCCUUGGAUCGUUUUAUUUGGAUGCCUCGACUGGUUAUUUGCACGUGGGAAGUCGCGGAAUAAACUACGAAGAGCUGUCUACGCAUUCUCUUAACGUAACAGUUCGGAAUGGCGAUAUUACCGCGAGUUACAUACUUGCAAUAACGGUACUGGAUGCGAAUGAUCCACCAAGGAUCACAUGUCCGCACAUCCACAUCAAUGAAAAUGCGCCGAUUAAUACUCUGGUAUCGGAACCCGUAAUCGUCACAGACGAAGAUUCGUAUGACAGAUAUUUUACAUACCGUGUUCAAAACGAAAGCGAAACAUUCUCGGUUGACAGUGGUGGUAGAUUGAUUCUAAAACAGCUAGUGGAUUACGAAUCCCGGCGGUUUUAUCAUGUUGCAGUGGAAGUUGUUGAUCACGGUGGAUUAAGUGGGAAUUGCGUGGUAAUCGUUGAGAUAAUCGACGUGAACGAGCCUCCAUCAGGAGCAAUGUAUUACAAUGGCUCGGUGUAUCAAACUGCACCAGUGGGUCACCGGAUACUCAAAUUUGACCUACAAGAUCCUGAAGGAAAAACGCUUAAGUUUUCAAUUACCACGUCGUCGGUCGACCAAGACAAAUUUGCAAUAUCAGAUGAUCAAGUUCUGUUCGUGAACAAAGCUACUAGCAUUUCAAGUGCUUCUGCUGCGGUGGUGUCGAUCGAAGUGAAUGAUGGGUAUAAUCGAGUGCAGAUUUUGUGUUCGCUCUCUGUUUUGGCUGACCCGCCCCCGAUUCAAUGUUUGGGAAAAGAGCAAAGCUUAUCUGUGUCAGAAAACGCUGUGGGAGCUACGGUUGGUAGAGUACGAUUCUUGCCGUCGUCAUAUUCUGCGAAAGCUUAUACCCUCCAAGACUCGCUGGUGCCGUUUACACUGAACUCCACGACUGGCGAUGUUGUAGUCAACGACCUUCUGCCUUUGGACUACGAACGUCAGUCCAUCUAUUCUCUAACAAUCGCAGUUUACUAUUCCUCGGUGAACUACAUUAUCUGCCCGAUAAUAAUACGUGUGCUCGACGUUGAUGAACCUCCUAUUUGUACUGGGCAGUCAGCAUCUGUUCGCGAGAAUCUUGUUGGAUACGACAAAUGGAUACUGCAGACUGAUGCUACAGACCCUGAAGUUGGUCAUUUAACGUUCACUAUUAGCGAGAACAGACUGUUCUAUUCCAACACAAGUGGCGCUGUGUUUGCAAAAGAUCUCUCACUGAUCAAUUACGAAGAACAACCCUAUUAUGCGCUAGUUAUGUCGAUCAGUGACGGUGUUAACACUGUGCAGUGUCCGGUUAUCAUUUACGUCAUUGACACAAAUGAUUGCCCUCAAAUAUCGAAACAGGUACGACAUAUUCACGAAAAUAGUGCGGCGGGUACAUUCGUUGGAGACGCUAUCACAGUUCGAGAUGAAGACUAUAGUCUUCACUCGAGUGGAAGAAUUACUUUCACCGUGAACUCGGAUAUUUUCACAAUUGAAACCUCGGGGAUUCUAAUGAUAUCGAACUCAUCCAAACUGGACUAUGAGGUACAGCAACAAGUAGAUCUCGUUGUUUUCGCGACUGAUGACGCAGUGGAAUCUUGCACAUCAAAUGCAACAGUCACGGUUUUUGUAGUUAACGUGAAUGAGCCACCACUCAUUGUACCUAGUCAAGUUGGUUCAGUGCUUGAAUUUACGAAAGCUCUAUCCCAGGAUUCUUCUGUGGCUGUGCUCAACGUGACAGCUCAUGAUCCUGACAAAGACGAUAAACUGGGGUUCUCUCUACUCAGUAGCAAUAUCAGCUACUUGUUUCGAAUCGAAUAUGUAACUGGAAAGAUCUUCGUUACAGAUACUAGUGCUUUUGACUUUGAGAAGCGCAGUAUGUAUCACCUUGACGUGACAGUAACGGAUCUAGGUGGACUAACAAGCACUCAACAAGUUGAAAUCCGCGUAGUGGAUACGAAUGAACCUCCUGUCUUCAAACUUUCAAGCGGAUCUAUUAAUGAGAACAGUCCCGUAAAUACUGCGGUCUUGAAUCCGUUAGACAUAAUAGCCAUGGAUCCAGAAGGGGACAACGUCACAUACAGUAUCAACGGAACAGCAACAGCUUUGCCGUUCGAAUUUAAGGACAACCAGCUGGUGGUGUCACGUGCUCAGUUGGAUUACGAAGUAGUGGCCCAGUAUACUACAACGAUACAUGCUUGUGAUUCCAGAGGCCUUUGUUCCUUUUCGACCUUCCAGAUUACUGUCAACGAUGUGAAUGAACCACCGGUUAUUCUCCCAGCACAAAUUAGUAUCGAAGAAAACGCUGGCGAAGGUGCGUUGGUUGGCUCUCCACUGUUAGCCUCUGAUGCGGAUCGUGGACAACGCUUGAUGUAUAGCAUUGUAGAUGAGGACGCAUAUGAUCUCUUUGGAAUUCAAUCCUGUAAUGGGCAGGUCUACGUGAAACGUUCAAACUCACUUGAUUUCGAACGAUCCGCAUCGUACAAGAUCGUUGUUGCUGUAAGAGACAGCGGCUUGCCAUCGUUGACUUCAUCAGCUACGAUUACAAUUGCCAUUCGUGACGUCAACGAGGCACCAAUCUUUACAGCUGAUUAUUCAAUCAGAUUCGAAACUAAAAACGUUAUCGCUGACCCCACUAGCAGCUUAACAGGCGUAGAUCUCGUGACUGCUAUUCGGUCUGCUAGCCAACCGAGUGGUUUUUGCAGUGGUACUAUUGAUAGUGCUGCGAGUUUUUCUAAAAACGCCGUUUGUCGUGAUGGUUCCCAAGGUGAAUAUGGUGCAAUGAUCGAGUGGAAAAUUCUUCUUAAGACGAAUAGCGAUAUGGCUUUUCGUAUUCUGGCUGAUGUUGCGAUCAAUGCUGUAUUCUUUAUCGACCAAGCACUGUAUUCUUCGGAACCAUUAUUCCGUCCUGGAUUUGACUUACAAUACGGCGAAGAGGUUACAGUUGGCCAAGUACAUCGUGGGGUUCACAGGGUUAUCGUUUUCCUAUAUUCACCGUCAGACAGCCCAGUAUCGUUGGAAACUAUGAUUAACUCAGCUGGCUGGCAAGCUGUGUCAGUACCGACAUUUGAUGCUAUUGUCAGUAAAGCUGUUGAACGAUCUAUUCCCGAAAACAGCGCGCCUGGUACGGUGGUAGGAGCCCCGCUUCAGGCCAUUGACCAGGACAAAAACUCGAAACUCUACUACUCUAUUGGUCAACAGAAUCAGCCAGGAUUGUUCAUUAUUGAAAAAGAGACUGGUCAACUUGUUUUGGGCCAGAACAACUCGCUAGAUUUCGAAGCUGAAUCCUCCUACCGCUUGCUAAUUCAGGUAACAGAUUCCGAAUUGACGAGCCAAGAAUGGAUUCUUGUGAAAGUUACUGACGUGAAUGAGCCUCCUGUCCUGCUAAGCCCUCAGAUUUUCUCCGUAAAGGAAAACGCGAAAGCGUAUACACAAAUUGGCAGUCCACUUUCCCCGAUGGAUCCUGACGGAGUUCUUGGAAACUAUACGUUUGCAAUAAUUCCUGCAAGAGAGCUUAUUCCGUUUGAACUCUCCUCGACUUCAGGACAGCUCUUCGUUGCUGCAAAUAGUGGCAUCGAUUACGAAGCACGCGUGGAUUAUACCUUCCAAGUUAAGGCCACUGAUAUCGACGGUUUAACCGUAACCAGUGAUGUUACUAUCAACGUUAUUGACGUUAACGAACCACCUGUCAUGUAUGUCACGGCGCUUCCCAUAAUGGAGAACACACCACAGGGAACCGUUGUUGCUCAAGUACAAGGAUUUGAUCCGGAAAAUCAAACCCUCUCGUUCUCGUACGCUUCUACGUUUGCUGGAGAUGGCAACAGUACUGCUUUCCGAGUUGUUCAAACGUCUUCAUCAACUGCUCAAAUUGAGGUGCGAGGAGCAAGAAUUGACUUCGAACAACAACGAAGCUUUGAAAUGUCUGUCACGGCGACCGACACAGGCGAAAACAGCCUCUCAGUAUCGCAAACCUUCACUGUUAUUGUGAUUGACGUCAACGAACCUCCACAACUUACGGUGUCACUUCCAAUUUAUAUGAGCAUUCCAGAACAGACUGCAAAUGGUUCGCUGGUCGGUACAACGAUCAGCAGCUACUUCUCGGAUCCAGAUACUAGUGACAGCAUUACUAUUAAGCUGGUUUCAUCUGUACCUGUAAAUGGAGCAUUUAACGUGAGCAGUACGGGUCAACUAUCGGUGCAAAACUCUGGCCUCUUGGAUUUUGAGGCAUUAACGAUGAUCCAGCUCUCGUGCCAGGCCGCUGACAAGGGUAGAAACAUCGUGGACGUUCUUGUUAACAUUGCUAUCACGAAUGUAAAUGAAGCUCCAUAUUUUACGGAGUCUGUGGUUCAAAUCAACAUCCCAGAGUCCUCAACUAUUGGAAGUGAAAUGCAUCGUGUAGCCGCGUUGGAUCCUGACGGGAACGGGGCCGACUUGCGGUAUUACAUUGUCAGUGGCAACUCCAACCAAGCGUUUGUCUUAACUAAUUUGGGCGUACUUAAAACGUCGCGAAAACUUAGCGCGUUGGAAGUGUUCAAUAUUUCUGUUGACGCCAUCGAUACGCUUGGGAAUGGACUACAAUCACAAACAAACCAGGUUUUGAUGAUCUCGGUCAGUAGCGUAAACUCCCCGCCGGUUGUUGACAAUUUCGUGUUUCAUUUGGAUGAAAAUACUGGAAUUGGUACAAGAAUUGGUCAGGUAUGGGGUGUUGAUUCUUACGACGGAAGCGUUUUAUCAUUUUUCACCCUUCCUGGAACCGACAGGAUUCAAUUCCGACCUGUAAGCAGAAACACGUCAGAUGUGUAUCUCUGGCCACCAAUGCUAAACUAUGAAGCGGAGCCCUCGGUCACUUUUGUUCUUUGCGCGAUGGAUGAUGGAGCGAGAAAUGAUUACGUUGCAGUGAUGAGAGGUUGCGGAAAUCUCACGAUAUCUGUCGUCGAUAUCAACGAAGCCCCAAAAUUUGAUGCUUUUGCUCAGAAUGUGCUGACAAUUACAGAGAUUGCUCAACUGGACGACGGUAUUGGUGGAGUUCUACACUAUAUGACUCCUGGCGGCAAGUUUUUCGGCAAUAAUUCCCAUGACCUCCUUCUCGAUGGGACGUAUGACUUUGUUUUCGGUGACGUAGACUUUAGUGUCGCUAUGAGUGUGCGCACCAAGACAAACGGAGGGAACAUAUUGCGUCUAGUUGGAUCUACGGAAAGCGAUUACUUUGAAGUGUCUAUAGGAAGCGACGGAAAACUAAACGUUACCGCCAGCUCUUUUCUCAUUCAAGGACACCAAGUCCUGUCGGACGGCGCUUGGCAUUAUAUUGCAAUCAUUUCUGCGAUAAGUGACCAAACCCUUAGAGUAUAUAUCGAUGGCCGUCUCGACACUACCUCUUUGAUAUUCUGGGGAUCACCAGUUAUCGCACAGCAAGCAGUCCUUUCGUCGCAGCUAGCAUUUUUUACAGGAUGGAUCACGCGGUUUCACUAUUUUUCUGGUGCGAUAGCUCUAGCUCAAGUGCAAGAACUGACGUUAUAUUCAGUUCCUAGUUUCUAUGCCGUAGCAAAUACGGGUGUUAGCGGUGUGGAUUAUGCCAAAGGAAGUGAAUACUGCGCUGGUCAAGGGUUACGUCUGUGCGACUUGAUGGAUUUGGAGACACUUUGUAUUGAUCCGCACUACAGUCCUGCAACGUUCCCGACAGCCAGCCAAGGUUCGAUAAAGGUAUCACCGUGUUCGAAUAGUGCUGUGAAAGCAGAACUGAACGCAGGCAACGCCCAACUCGCGUGUUGUACACAAUAUUCUGACAGCAAACUUAUCGGCAAUUCAUCGCGUCCAAUGCUCAGGGCAGAUGCUCUGACAGCAAGUAGCUUUCUUGAUAACAGAAAAAGUCACGGUUACGGAUACAAUGGACUUGGUGUCCUCCGUAGUGACAACGUGAAUGGAUCGUGGUGUCCUCGUUCCAACUCGUCUUUUGAAUGGGUUCAAAUCAGCUUUCCAAAGGCGACGAUUGUUUCUCGAAUUGAAGUGUAUCCAGGAAUCGACUACAAUGGCAACAUUGGGUACUUGAAAGCGUUUCAGGUAGUAUGGCGGCGCUCAAGCACUGAAGAAUUCUCGGCUCUUACGGAUAGCUCAAACGCAGAGAUCAAUUUUGCUGCUUUAGACGGUAGUGCAAGCAACGGGGUGUCGGCUAAUGUCUUUCUCCCUAAUGUGAAUGCUAAGGACAUUCGAAUCAUUCCUAGAAGUUGGCGUGAUAGUCCAUGUCUUCGUCUUGAGCUGUAUGGACCGGAUUCAGAUUUUCAAGUGCCAGGCCCACUUACAGCAACUGAUGAGGAUAUUGGUCAAAGCCUACGAUACCAUCUGCGCGACUCAGAUCGACCAUCAGGUGUUCAAAUUGAUCCUCAAUCAGGAUUUGUCACGGUUCGUCGACGUUGGAUUGACUUUGAAAUGCAGCAGUCGUUGCGAUUUACGGCAGAGGUUUAUGACGAUUCUGGACUUAGUGACAGUGUCACUGGCAAAAUUGAGGUCAUCGAUGCAAACGACGCUCCUUCAUAUGCGUCGACAUCUUAUGUACUGACUGAAAAUUCUGGUAAAGGCUCCGUAAUUGGCAAGUUCGUGGCAGAGUCGAUAGAGUCGACUGAAAAACUGAAUGUUCAAAUUGUUGAUCCUGACUGUCCUAUUACAGUUGACCGUCUUUCUGACAAAUUGGUCGUUCAAACUCCCGGCAAGUUUGAUUUCGAGAUAAAUUCAGUUAUGUACUGUGUUUUAGUAAUCACGGAUGACGCACAAAUGCCACGAUCGAUUUACACUACAAUUUCUAUUCAGUUGGAAGAUGUGAAUGAAGCUCCAGUGAUUUUAACAGGACAAAGAGGUUUCAUCCGAGAGAACGCAGCGAAAGGAGAAUUCGUUAUGACGAUCCAAACGAUUGAUUAUGAUACAAAUCCAACUUGGUCCUCUCUCCGAUUCAGUCUAUUUAACACGAGUGUUUUUUCAGUAAACUCCGUGACCGGUGAUAUUACGAUACUCACGCCUGGUGUUCUCGAUUUCGAAACAACGUCAGAGGUCACUAUUCACGUUCAAGUGACCGACGGUGGGUUUCUGGCUGCACGAGACAUGGUGUAUGUGUCUAUACUGAACGAAGAGGAAGCUCCUCAAUUGUCAGCAGCUUACGACUUAAUCGUACAGGAGAACGGAGUUGUUCCUCGAUCGCUACUUCUCGUCAAAGCUACUGACCCUGACAGAAUAUCUCACGAUAAGUUGUCGUUUUCUCUGGUGGAGAAUGAGCAAGAAUUUGCUGUUGAUGGAAUAACUGGAGAGCUUGUUCUACUGAAACCGCUCGAUUUUGAAUUUGUACAGUUGAAAAACUUGACAGUAAAUGUUGCCAAGAGAGGAACAUCAUUGAGCGUCAACUCAACAAUUAAUAUUGUAGUUGCAGACGUAAAUGAACCACCAGAGUUGUAUACUGGAACUAGCAUUGAAACCUCAUCCCACGAGAAUUUGAAAGAGGGCGUAGCUAUUGGUGUUGCAUUGUCUACGUUUGUCUGGGAUCCCGAGAAUAACACCCUGAGCUACGUGUUGGAAGCUUCAGAGUAUUCACCAUACUUUUCCUUAGAUGGUUGUAAUGGGCAACUAAGAUCAAAGCAGGCUUUGGAUUAUGAAACAAUGCCGAGAAAAGUGAAUUUAGUGGUAUCAGUUUACGAUUCGGGCAAAGCGCGACUAGGAGUCCCUAUUUCGGUUGCCGUCCUUGAUGUCAACGAGCCUCCAGUGUUUCAACAGACUCUGCACAUACUUGCAGUGGAAGAAAACGCAGCAAGCAAAACUGUGGUGGGCGUAGUUUCUGCUUCUGACCCAGACACGGGCAACCAGUUACUCUAUUCUAUCAAAUCUGGUGACAGCAGCACAUUCAGGAUCGAUUCUGGUAUUGGUGAAAUAUCAGCGUCUUCGACAGCUAUAUUAGACUUUGAAAGCCGAUCCUCAUAUACGCUUCAAAUCUGCGCUACUGAUAGCCUGUUGGAAACUUGCGCGGAAGUGGUUAUUAAGAUACUUGACGUGAAUGAGCCGCCUUCGUGUCAUUCUGAAGUUCGAUUUGUUGAGGAAAAUAGUCCAACUGGGUCAAUUAUCACACCUCAGUUUGAAAGCAUUGAUGCUGACGCGGGGGAUCUACGUUUGCAUCCAAUUUUCUCGCUCAUCGAUACUGAAGGGGUUGGUGGCUUUCGAUUUGAUAAUGCGUCCCUUAUCUUGGGUAGUAUUUCACUGGACUACGAAGCACGCGAUGUAUAUCGCUUCCAAUUUUCAACAUGUGAUACUGGUGGUGCUUGCAAUAUAUGUAACCUUACUAUUCACGUCAUGGAUGUCAAUGAACAUCCAGUAGUUUUUAACCAAGACGUUCAAGUGGUAGAAGGCACCAAUGGAUCUUUCUACUCAUUUCAGGCAUUCGACCCGGAUUUGAAACAGUCGGGUACUCUUUCGUACGAGAUAGCUGACCAAUCUGUGGCAGGAUUAUUUUCUGUGGAACGGGAAAGCGGAUUAGUGAGCGUUGCUCUACCAAAGCUCCUGGAUUUUGAAACGGUGCAACUUCACCAAGCGUGGAUCAACGUUCGUGUGACAGAUAAAGGAACACCUUCUUUGACUUCGAUUGGACAUUUGAUGGUUCAAAUUUUGGACGUCAAUGAAGUACCUACAAGCGUCGGUAUUCUAGAUUUAGUAGUUCCAGAAAAUACUACUAUUGGCACGAUAUUACUUACUUGGGACGUUCGUGACGAUGAUGUAGGUCAGCAGUUGACGUACCAAGUGAUGAGUGGAGCUUAUGCUGGCCUGCUUAGUUUCCGCGAUAAUGGCAGCCCUGACGUGUCUUUGGAGGCUUCUCUAAACUUCGAAUUGAUGUCGCAAUAUGAGAUUAUGCUACGAGCAUGCGAUCCUUACACCAUGUGCACAACUACUUUUCUACGACUUGCGGUUUUGGAUUGCAACGAACCUCCGUCUUUCUUUCCUAAUACUACUACGAAUCUUGAAUUUGCGGUGGCAAGUCACGCUACAUUAGGAACUGUGAUAGGUGUUCUGCAGGCCGUAGAUCCGGAUUUUGGGGAUGUGCUGACGUUUUCUCUCGUAUCGUCAGCAAAUUUUCCAACAACAAACGUGAAGGAUGGAGCUGGCGUCUUUGCUGUUAACCCACAAUCCGGAGAGCUGACAGUGGCCUUGUUGCGAAGCGUUCAGCAACUCCAAACAGGCAACAGCUUCAUACUAAUAGCUAAAGUGGCCGAUUUGAAAGGACUCGCGGUGACUACCACGAUAAUUGUUAACGUCGUAGCAAACAAUGUGCCACCUGUUUGCCAGACAGGUAUCUUGGCUUAUAUGGAUGAAAGUGCUGCAGCUGGAACUCUCGUUGGGUCCCCGUUAUCUUCCUACGUUACUGAUGCUGAUAUUGGAACCACUUUCGUAUUCUCGCUACAGCACCCGUUCCUAUCUGUGAAUCCGAGCAGUGGUCAAUUAGUUGUUACGAGUGGAUCUAAUCUCGACUUUGAGUCUAGUACACAAAACUCGACAUCUGCUAGUGUAGUUGUUAUGGAUGAUGGCGCCUACCACAACGGCCUUGGUACGUUGGCUACGAGUUGCGUCGUAUACGUGGUUGCGUUGGAUGUGAACGAGGCUCCAACAACAUCGAAUUUAUCCCUCAGUAUUACUGAAGGUACAAACUCGAAUCCUUCCCUCGUGCUGCCGACCGAGAUGUUUACGUUUCCUAUCCUUUCACCUCAAGAUGAUUAUAUUAUCUCAAAAACAUCUACUGGAAGCUAUGCCGUAAACUCUACUCGAAAAACGCUUCCAAUGGGGUACGACUCCUUUAUUCGAGCUUCAGUUGGAAUCGUACUUCGGUUUGCGGGCAUCCAGCUUCCUGAUGUGAUUGGUCAUCUCUCGAUGGCGCAGUUGCGAUUCACUGUUCCAUCAGGGAGAAUUGGUCCCUUUUCGAUUCAAAUACGAGUGAUAAACGAAUCCACCACUUCGUGGAGCUCAAAUCAAUCAUUGGAGAACUUUGGUGAGGCGGCCUUUGUCACGUGGUCUGUGGAAAAGGAACUGUCAGCUACAACAAUCUGGUCUCCAAGUAUUUCGUCGCUUCUAGUGGAUUUAGUACCUAACAUUCUGAGUACUAACAAUGUCGCAUUCCUUAUCACCGGAGGAGGAAUUGGAGAAGUUAGCGCCUUCGAUCGCAGUGCUGCUACGGCUGCGGUUCUUGAAAUCACUGUAGCUCAAGUUUCACGAGAAUCCAUUACGGGUGGCAUAGUGUCUUAUGCGGAUCCUGAUGCCCUGGACAGCGUCCAGUUCGCGAUAGUAAAAGGAAACCCUCCCAACCCCGUGUUCUUUGUGAACAAAAACAGUGGCGAGAUCACUGCAAACAUCGAUCUACUGAGCUACGAGCUCCAGAGUAACUACGAGCUCCAAAUCUCGGUUACUGACAGGUUAGGCUUGGCUGCUUUGUCAACGAUCCGCAUCGCUGUUGUGGAUGCCAACGAACCACCGGUUGUGAGCGAAAUGGUUUGUUAUGUUGCUGAAAACACACCUACUGGGUCACCAAUUUGCGCUAUACCCGCUUCCGACCCUGACCGCUCUGAACUAGCCACCGGUAAACUGGUGUACUACUUAGCUCAAUCGUCCAACAAUGGCGAGGAUACAACAUUUCAGAUUGAUCCGAUUUCAGGAAUGUUGCAGGUUGCAAAUUCAACUCUUCUCAAUUUUGAAGUAAGAAAGAAGUUGGUGGUUACUGUAUGCGCAAGGGAUGGUGGGAGUCCAUCGUUAAUCGGAUGCGGCACCACGACAGUCUACAUUACCGACAUCAACGAUGCGCCAGCAACAAUUACUCCACAAAAAUGUGAAAUAGACGAGUACAUUUAUGACUAUACUGAUGAACAAGUCGGUCGAUUGGUUGGCACCGCGGUAUGCAAUCUCACGGUUCUUGAUGAAGACAAUAGCGGAUCCGCGAAUACUUCCUGGAAAAAUCACGUUUGGCAGGUGGUAGAAGCGGAUUCUGGAUGUCCAUUUAAUGUUAGUGCACAAGGUCAAGUUGCGGUGAGUACUCCUCGAUCUGUCAGUUAUGAACAGCAAAAAGUCUGGUCUUUACUGGUCCAAGCAAUGGAUUUGGGAGGUUUAUCAAGCACCCCACAAAGAAUCGAGAUAAGUAUUCUAGACAUCAACGAAAAGCCGCAGAUCAAUGCAACUACGUUCUACAUCGACGAGAAUUCGGUCGCUGGUACCUUGGCUACAGGAAUUAUUUCCGUGUUUGACCCUGACAUUCGAAGCGAUGGUCAGUCGGAUACUCCUAUUGUGAGCUUGGUUGAAGAGGUCGACACGUUUAACGUUGCGAACAACAAAAUCCAACUGCAGCGUGAUACCCUAGAUUUUGAAACCAAGCCUUCGUACGUGAUUUCAGUCGUGGCAACCGAUCAAUCUGGAGCAAAAAGCAACGUUCAGAAGAUCAAUAUUGUGGUGAACAACGUCAAUGAAGGGCCGACUAUUGAUCCUAUGCAGGUUUCUAUUCUCGAGAAUCAGCCCGCUAUGACGAAGAUUUUACCAGCGGUUAAAGCCAAGGAUCCCGACGGAGAUAGCGUGUCAUUCAGUCUAGUUUCUGAAACACCGCAGGGUGCUAUUACGCGAGCUCCGACUGCAUUUGGAAUUGAUACGAUAACGGGUGUUUUGUUCCAACAGGUGGACCAAUUAAACUACGAAGAAGCUAAAGAAUAUGCUCUGGUUGUGAAGGCACGAGAUACCGCUGGGCUAUUUUCAACCGCUAUUGUCACGGUCAUCAUCACGGAUGUUAACGAAGCGCCAAGCAUUCGAGAUCAGACCGUCAGUAUACGUGAAAAUGUAAGCAUUGUCGCAUCAGUUGGUCAGCCAUUUGCUACAAUGUCAUCCGACCCGGACUUGAAAAAUGGAUUGGAGGUGCUGACGUUUACGUUGACCAAUGCCAGUCAGUCUCCUUUUUCUAUUGACUCAAAAUCAGGCCAAGUGAUUACCUCUGCCCAUCUCGACUUUGAAACAGUGUCAGUCUACAAUUUACGUGUACGUGUUAUGGAUUUAAACGGUCUAUCGGAUGAAAGUAACUUCAUGGUAACUAUUCUCGAUGUUAACGAACCACCAGUCAUUGGGCCUUUCAGUAUAUCGGUACCAGAGAACCUCGUGCCAGGAUCCAUUCUUGGUGACCCUAUCGUAGCCAUUGACCCGGAAGCAGGGUCCAAACUUUACUAUGAUCUUAUUGGGACAAGUGACAUUGUGACUGCGUGUAUCCGAAUUAAUUCCUCCACUGGACAGCUGUCAUUAAAGAUUGAUUGCUCACUAGACUACGAGGCUUCGACGGGAAGUACCUUGUCGGUUGUCGUGCAUGUUACAGAUGGAGAGUUCACUGUUUCGACAAAAGGAACAAUUUACAUAAUUGACGUGAAUGAGGCGCCUGUGUUAGUGGCCUCCGAGUCGACACUGUUGAGGGAGAACUCAGUCGACGAGACAAUUGUCACUCUCAUAGUGGUAGAAGACCCUGAUGUGAACGAAUAUCAUCAAUUCUGGAUAUGUGAGCAAAGCCACUCAAACACCUUUCGAAUCCAACCAACCGGUCUUAAUACCGCAGAGAUUGUUGUGAUGGACUCCAGUGUGUUAAACUAUGAGAAAAAUCCAUAUCUUUGCGUUGAUGCGUGUGUUAAGGACAGAGGCAACUUAACGGCAAAAGCACGGUAUACCAUCAAUCUCGUGAAUGUGUUCGAGCCGCCGUACUUCGUGCAGGAUAUCAUACAAUUCACAGUCGAAGAGUCAAUUCGGGUUGGGAGUGAUAUCGGAUCGCCGCUAACUCGCUUGGUUAUUGAUGAAGAAAAUCUGAAUGUCGACAUUGGAUGUUCAGUUGAGAUAAGCAUCGUGAACAGCACCUGUGGUCAUCGUGCAUCGUUUUCUGUGGAUUCUUGCGGCCAAAUAACCUUAUCUAGUGGUGGAUUGGAUUACGAGACUAUGUCGACGUGUGUGGUGUAUGUUUUGCUGCCAGCGACGAGUAUUUACAACGCAAACACUUCAUCUUUACCUCUUGUGGAUACUAUCACUGUGGUUUUAACAGUAACUGACGUGAACGAACCCCCUGCAUUCCAGCAGAACUUGUAUCAGUUUGGCCUAGCAGAGUCUAGUGGCGAAGGAGCUUUAAUAGGGGUAUUGCCAGCAACAGACGUUGACACUGGUGAUGUUCUAUCAUUCCAGUUGCUGAAUGUUGAAACUGGAUACGAGGGGGUGUUUAAGGUGUCCGUAUCGGGUGAAAUUACACUUGCAGGAUUGCUAGACUACGAGAAAAAGCAGUCUUAUCAAGUUUCAGUCCGCGUACUCGAUCGGCAGGGGGCCUACUCCGAUUCGAGCGUCGUUAUCAGUAUUACAGACACAGAGGAGCCUCCAAUUUUUCAAGCUAGUCAUUACAGUUUUGCUAUUCGGGAGAACUCACCCGUCCAAACGGUUGUUGGAGAUGUUGUCGCGAUCGACAGCGACACGUAUCAAAACAAGACAAUAAUCUACAAUAUUAUCAGUGGGAACAAUUUCGGCGCUUUUGCAAUUCUGUCAAUUGCUGGAGAUGGUAAGAUAGUGGUGGGCUCACAACAAGCACUUGAUUAUGAACGACAAGAGUCGUACACUCUACUGGUGGAAGCGACCGACAGUAUCCAGGGAGGAGUGCGAAGUUUUGCAACGGUAUCCGUGAGCAUCAAAGAUGUUAACGAAGCUCCACAAGUGCAUCCAGUGAGAGUCUAUAUUCCUGAAGAUGCUGUGAUUGCAACUCCGAUAUUCUCGUCUUCCGCACUCAAUGAAACCUUCACAGGGAAGCUAUUUGCUUCAGAUCCCGAUGACAAAGAUACAUUGACGUUUACAGCGACAGACUCAACCGAUACGUUUUCCAUUGACUCUGUAUCCGGUGCUGUGCUAUCGAAACGAUUACUAAAUUUCGAGAGUAAUUCCUACUAUUCAAUCUACAUUACGGCAACAGAUGAUAAUCUGUCAGCAACUGAAAUUCUGGAGAUCAUCAUUUUGGAUCGCAAUGAUGUUCCGAUUGUCACAUCCACGACAUUCACACUCGCCGAAAAUCAACUUCGGGACUCUGUUGUUGGUGUUACUCAAAUCACUGAUGAAGACUUUAAUCAGCAGCAUUUCUUUACGUUAGUUGAAACUACUCUAGUUUUAAGAGACAACUCGACGGAAGUUAGACCCAACAAUGACGUGGUUUCGGUUGGACUGUCAUCGGGCUCUAUUCAAGUUUUGAAUGAAAGUGUGUUUGAUUAUGAAGUGGUACGUCAAGUGGUGAUCGUGAUAACUGUGAGUGAUGACGGUAACCCGAUUAGACAAAGCGCGGGGUCACUGACGAUUGAUUUGACGAAUGAAAACGAGCAGUGUGCUUUUCCUGAAGUAGUUUUGACGCUUUCGAUUUCUGAAAACGUGAUUGGAGUGGCUGGUCACGUCCUUGCAAUAGAUCCGGACGCAAACACGUCGCUAUCGUGGGGUUCGCUGAGCUAUUACAUGAUAGACGAUGAAAUGUCGAGUAACGCUGUGUCACUUUCGAACACUGGCGAAGUCCUCGUAAAAACUCCACUAGACUUCGAGAUUCAACGCAAGAUCGUAUUUAAGGUCGCGGCAGUUGACGGCGGGAGUUUAGUUUGUUCGACUUCAGUUCAAUUACUGGUCGAAGAUAAAAAUGAGCCACCUGUCAUUCAAUCCGACCACUUUUGGGUACCAGAGUCUGUAGACGGGAAUUUGGAUUGGGUGAGAGCGUAUGAUGGAAGUCACGCUCGAAUAUUGGUUUGGGAUCCAGAAAAUGAUACAGUGACGGUCUCGCAGAACUCAUCGGACUAUAUUUCAGUUUCAGACGACGGUUUGAUUUACCUGGAGAAGCCUGUUAAUUACGAAGUGAAGUCGUGUUAUGAUCUUUUAGUUACCGCCACCGACUCCCAUGGACUCCAGACGAGCGCAAUUGUGCGGGUCGAGAUAGUAGAUUUGAAUGAGCCACCAGUAUUUACGCCUCAACCAACACUGACAAUCGCUGAAGAUGCGUCUAGAGGAGCGGUCUUGGGAGUAGUGGGAUCCGCCUACGAUCCUGAUGAAUACGACGUGGUUUCUUACAAACUUGAGUCGGCAACAGAUCGCAAUGGGUUGUCUGUGGACAUGUUCAUGAUUCAUUCAUGUGAUGGAGAAGUUCGCAUGAGCAAGUCUAGUGCACUCGAUUACGAGGCAAAUGAUCGAUAUGUUCUUACGAUUAGUGCAGCCGAUCGUGCUGGUUUAAAGGCGUUUUCGAAGCCUCUGCUUGUAGAAGUUACUGACGUCAACGAGCCACCGCAAUGCCGGGAUGAAAUACUAUCCAUCUUAGAAAAUGCCACAGCAAACGAGCGAUUUGGUCCGAUCGAGUGGAGCGAUCCUGAUUCGCCAAUCAAAAACAAUAUCACGGUGUUUGAAGUGAUCAGCGAUACCGAUGAAAUUGGCUAUGAGAUAUUUGAGAUUCAGUGGGGAAACGAUCAGUAUUGGAUGGCUUUGCAAAACUCUGGUAGUCUCGAUUAUGAGUCGAUGAACCUGUACACUGUUCGCGUAAAAAUUGGCGACAGCUUCGAUUCAAGAAAUGACCCCUCCGCGACUAGCGUUGUGUCUUCUCUGUCCUCAACGUGUACUAUUACAAUCCAUGUUCUAGACGUGAACGAGCCGCCCAUCGUUUCAAGUAUUAUCAAGCGAGAGGUCGAAGAAAACGCUCCGCUGUAUGUCAAUGUGGGACUGCCGAUCGAAGUAAAUGAUCCGGAUGCAGCUGACGUGCUCCACUACUCAAAUGCCAACCACCAAACAAAUCCAGUUCCAUUUACGAUGGACUAUAAUACUGGCCAACUCCGUGUAUCUGGAGACCUGGAUUACGAAACUCAAGCGCUGUACUCAAUUAAUGUUAUAAUCGAGGAUUCAGCCUUAAACACGAUUACAACGCUGUUAGAAGUCUCUAUUAUAGACAUCAACGAGCGUCCUCAACUACCUCGGAACUGUUUUGUUCGCGAAGAUGGCAUUACUGAAAACCGCUACGAAUACAACAAGGAUGUGUGUAUCGAAGCGAACGAAGAUGUUGAGGUUGGAGCUUUGUUACACCACUUUGAAGCGCUGGAUCAGGACAGUAACCAACGUCUAUUCUAUUCUGUGAGCGAGACAUCAAACCCCUUUGUUCGAGUUGUUCAAAACGACGAUCGAAGUUGUGAGCUGAUCUACAGUCGUGCGAUAUUCGACUAUGAAAGUUUAAAGAUGCAUCGAGUUCAACUCACCGUUACAGACACAGGUAAAGGUUUUCUGUCGGAUACAGUAAUGGUCUUCAUUUUCAUUGUGGAUGUCAACGAGCCUCCGAGCCUUCUACAAGCCUCAACACUCAAUCUCGUAAUUGCGGAGAAUUCUGUGAGUGGACAGCUACUUGGUCAAUUGCACGGUGUGGAUCCUGAAGGCGAUUCCUUCACGUUUUCAUUGAAAGGUUCUAGUCCAGUCUCAAAUACAAUUGAAAUUCGUGAUGAUGGCCAAAUCCGAACAACCGGAGCUUCUAUCGACUAUGAAGCGUUAGCUAAGAUGAACUCCCUUUGGGCGGAGCCCGUGCUAACGAUCCGUGGUACAAUCAACUCGUUUGACGCUGUUUCGACAGCCUUCACUUUUGUCAUAGCGGUGGUAGAUGUCCCUGAGCCACCUUCCUUUAGCUUCAAGCAAUAUUCCUUAGCUGUUCAUGAAUUGGCCAGUGCAGGGGUCAUUGUAGGUGCACUACAAGCUACCGACCCGGACUUCAACGAUACACAGCGAUUUACGUGGGAUACGACAGAUGCAGCCACUAAAGCUGCCAGUAGCGUGUUCGAUGUCGACGAUAAGUCUGGUAUAAUUUCGCUGAUUAAAAAAGGCGUUUUGGAUUCGGAGACGACUCCAACAUACAAACUUAAGACAGUUGUGACCGACUCAACCGGUUUAACAGAUUUAUCGACUGUGGUUCUUACGAUUGUGAACGAUAAUGAGCCACCGAGUUGUCCUUCACUUCAGUGCUGGGUUCUUGAGAACGCUGCUGGUGUUUUCAAAGGUUUGCCUGGAACUCAAGGGCUGUGUCAAGCGGAAGUACAAGACUUGGAUAUAGGUCAGAAACACACGUUUCAGUUACUGUCCUAUCCUGAUAGUAGUAUCUUUUCGAUAGAUUAUGCAAGUGGAGUAGUCCGGUUUACGUCGGGGCAACAGAUCUACGCUAAUUUCGAGGUGCAAAGCGUAUAUCGCCUCCGUUAUCAAACGAAUGACAUCCCGGAUACCGGCGUAUCGUUGAGUUGCAGCAACGAAAUCGUUAUCAGUGUCGUGGAUGUCAAUGAAGCACCUGCAAUUUCAGGAAGACAGUCUCUUAUUGUAGCAGAGAUGAGUACAGACGGGACUAUUGUGGGCACGGUCAACACGAUUGAUGAAGACAACGGAGACGUGCUGACAUUCUCUUUACUCGAUUCCUACUCGCCAUUUACGCUCGAAACAGAUACGGGAGUUUUGAGAGUGGCUAAUGGCUCUACGAUUAACUUCGAGUCUGCACCGGUGAUGUAUAUUACUGUCGCUGUGACGGACCGCGAGGGCCUUCAAGUGGUGGCAACAUUAACUGUCACGGUGCUAAACGUCAAUGAUCCGCCAAUACUGCAGUCAGCGAACUUCACAGCGGCCGAGUAUGCUUUAUCAAGGAAUGGUGACACGUUUGGGACUCGAAACUUGGAGUUGUUAGGAUCUCUUCAUUGCUUUGACGAAGACACGAGUGACGAGUUGUCUUUCUCGCUACUGGACGAUACUUCUGCCUUUGUGGUUGAAACUAAGAGUGGAAUGUUCUAUGCUGAAACCCGAAAUCUUGAUUUCGAGACAACGCGUGGUUAUGCUUUGACUAUCCAGUGCUCAGAUGGUCAAACAACUGCUAUAUCAACGUUUUGGGUAUUUGUGAAGAACAUUAACGAAGCGCCAAUUGUAACUGGACAAGUAUAUCGAGUAAACGAGAACACACCAAUUGGUACUGGCAUAGGCUUUGUCAGUGUUUCGGAUGUAGAGCACGAUGAUGAAAACUUUCUGACGAUUGUUAAUGAUGCAACGAGGAGCUCCAACACGGUGUCCAGAUUGCAAGAUCAAGCUCCUGUAUUUACCGAUUCUUUGGACGUUGAGUGGAUGAACAUUCCCGAGAUACUACAGAACGCUUUCAUCGUUACCACUUCGGUAUCAGAACCAUUGUCAAAAGUCACGCUGAAUUUGGCCAGCUCUGGUGACAUAUUUGUACUGGUUGAAGACGACUCCGAUGUUAUUCCAGCUUGGAUAUCGCAAAAUGCGUUCGUAAAACUGGAAGGACAAACAAUUACUGCUCAAAGCAGUACAAGUGCUACCACCUAUGAGAUCUACAUUCGAGCAAAUUCAGGCGGCGAUUUCGUGAUUCCAGACACAACAGCGUUCAACAUGCUUUGUGUUUUUGGCGCAUAUCCUUCUCCAUUGGAAUAUUUCAUUCACGGGUCCAGAAGCAACUGGUUCGACGUCUCGACGUCUGGAGAAUUGCUACUAGCUACCGUCACUCUCGACUAUGAAUCAAUUGCAGCUAUAGACCAACCGGUUCAAAUCAGUGUGAAUGUCGUGGACAGUGGAGGUUUAAUGGGAGAGGCAACACUUUCUAUCUACGUAGACGACGUAAACGAGCCACCUGUAAUCAUUAGCUGCUGCUUUGAGAUCACAGAGAACCCGACCAUUGGCUCGAUGAUCGGCGAACUCUCAGGAACCGACCCGGAUUUAUCAGAUCAAAUUACGUUCGAAUUGGCCUUCCCAUCCACAGAUAUAUCACUGACAUCAAGCGGUAAUAUGUCCGUUCGUGAUAGUUCAUUGUUCGACUACGAACGGAAUUCAUUGGUCACAGUUCGUGUACGUGCUACUGACAGAGGUGGGUUGGUCUACGAGCGCGAGAUCCAGAUUAAAGUCUUGGAUGUGAACGAGCCACCGAUUUUCCAGCAAUCAUCGUACUACUUUGGUGUUCCGGAGAACUCUGCAUCUGGCUUAAAUUUUGGAACCCCAAUACGUGCGAUUGACCCGGAUCGUGGUCAGACUGAAAACUUGCGUUACGAACUUGUGAAUAAAAAUGAUGGAGGAUUACCAUUCCGACUUGAGAGCUGCUCCGGUCAGCUCGCCGUUCAAUGGGAUAAAUUGGACUACGAAGGAACAAACCAAUACUCGUUUGGCGUGCGCGUUAUAGAUUCUGGUUAUCCUGUAGCUUUGGAGGCGCAAGUGCAAGUGGUGGUAGACAUCCUUAACGUGAACGAGCCCCCUCAAUUCGCUGAGUCUGGAUCAUUGGUUAUUCUGGAGAAUGCUCCAACUGGAACUUUUAUCGGGAAAAUUAUUGCUACAGAUCCAGAUCAAGCGUCAGUGUUGACAUUCCGUACCAAUGCGAGUAAUUAUGUUUCCAUAACAGACAGUGGAGAGCUAUAUGCAGCAGAGCCAUUCGACUACGAAACGAUGCCUAUUCUCUUUAUUUCGAUUACUGUCAAAGACAGUAGCGUGUAUUGUGAUCCUACAUUGGAUGCUGCAAGUUGCAAGUCUAUGUCGACGAUUAUGAAUGCUGUUGUAUUGAUACGAAAUGUCAACGAGCCGCCAUCUCUCACUGCUGGUACAUUUACUAUCCUAGAGAAUCUCUCCCCGGGAUCACUAGUUGGAAAGCCGGUCAAGGUUGUUGACGUCGAUGGAACAGUUGGAAAUAGCUCCGGGUUUUGGAUUAAAAGUGGCGUAUCGAGUGGCAAUGCAUCUGAAUUUUUGAUUCGUAGUGAUGGCCAACUUCUGACACUCGUGCCCAUGGAUUUUGAAAGCAAAACUGAAUACGAAUUAGAAAUAGCAUACACUGACGGUGAAUUCACGUCCUUUCUCGAUAUUAAGGUCAGUGUGCUAGACGAAAAUGAGCCGCCUUCCGUUGUUGGGGGGAUCACUGGAUAUGUCCAAGAAAACAAGCCUGCAGGCACCACAGUUUUGGUUGCGCAGUUUACUGAUCCCGAUCAGACUUCAGCAAACGUAUUCACACUAAUGGACAGUUAUGUUCCUUUUAGAAUGGACCAGCUCAGUGGCGUAUUGCAGACAACUCGUGCAUUGGAUUAUGAAAAAGAUCCCACUACUUUUAAUCUAAACGUGAGAGUUUGCGACGCUGCUCACACUAGUUUAUGCGGGAGCGGAUUUGUCACUGUUAACGUCCUCGAUGUUCACGAGGCGCCAUCAAUGGAUGAUCUAAUUUGUACGCAAGUGGAGAACACAGCAGUGGUGCUGACUGAGCAAGGGGCAUCUGCGUGCACAUUUAUUGCUAUUGAUCCCGAUAAAGCUUCAUGCUCUUUCUAUUCGAUUGUCGGAAGCACUUCUUCAUAUCAGUUGGUACAUGACACAAUUGUCAAUGGAGUCGCAACAACCAAAAUGCUGGAGCCUACACUAUGCACAAGUGGCCGAGUUGGCCUUUCUUGGAAAGCAUCAUCCUUGCCAGACUACGAAGUGCUGUCGCAGCAUGUGGUGACUGUCCGAGUUUCGGAUGAAACAGUGAAAACGACUGGGUUUUCGGCUGAUAGCCGAGUUAUCGUAAAUAUCGUCAAUGCCAACGAUUGCCCCACAUUGGCCGCGUUAUCCUUCACAGUACGUGAGCGUUCAGCGGCAGGUACACAAAUCGGGUACCCACUACCCGGCAAAGAUCAAGAUGUUGCUGAUACUCUGACAUAUUCCAUUGUUAAGUCGAACGCUACGUCCGGAUUAAUUGGAAUUGACGCGACGACUGGGCAAUUGACGGCGGCGAGGGCACCUUCCGGGAGCGAGUUAGUGUAUCCAGCGCAGUACACUGUGACUGUUUCUGUGACCGAUAGCAGUGUCAGUCGCUGUUCGACUACUGCUGACAUCAAAGUAUUCACGACGAAGUCCAAUUUUGCGCCAGUUUGGAGUAGCACACUACCAGCCUCGUUUGACAUUAAUGAAAAUUCUGCAACAGGGACCCAAGCUGGCGCUUUAAUCUCUGGUUUCGUGGAAGAUCCUGAUAACGACGUGAUCCAGUUUACGCUACAGUCUAAGACAGACGCGUACUGUGCAGAUACCUUCAGUGUUGGUUUGACAAGCGGAGCUAUUGCGCUUCGUGCAGGGAUAGUCUUGGAUUUCGAACAGAGGCGAACGUACAUCUGUACUGUAGCAGCGUGCGACCCAUUUCAAAUGUGCAGCACCCAUGAUGUCACUGUUCAAGUCAAGAAUGUCAACGAGGCACCAGUAUUUAACGAUCAGCAAUAUAAAUUCGUGGUGCAAGAAAACAAGGCUCCAAACUUGGCGCUUCCCAGGUGUCUCAGUGCCACGGAUCCUGAUGAAGGCGAUGGCUAUGCUCUUACCUACACGACAUCGUGCACGAAUGCGACCGACUGUUCUCUCUUCUCGGUAAAAGUUGAAAAGGACUGCAGCCAGGCGAGAUGUGCUCGAAUUAUUGUCAAGCUAAGUCUGAAUUAUGAGGCUCGACGUCACUACAGCUUUAAUCUUAUCGCACAAGACCCCGGUAAGCUAACAGCUGUGACGAUCAUUGUUAUUGAGGUGGAGGAUGUAAACGAGAUUCAUUCCUUUGUUGACUUUACCACUACAAAAUCAGUGUUGGAGAACACGGCGAUAGGUUCGGCUAUUCUUCGGGUCACUACAACUGAUCCAGAUAUGUACUCUUACCCAUUUGGUACCAUUCAGUAUGCGCUAAGUGGGAUGACUCCGCCAGGUCUGAAUGUGUUCCGAAUCGACUCAACAACUGGUGACUUAAUUGUGAAUGGCGCCAUUGACUUUGAGGCUGUACAAGCAUAUACACUGACUAUCGAGGCUCGAGAUUCUAGUGGUAUCAAUGCCCUCGUUAUUUCCAAGGAUCUCAUUGUUACAGUGAAAAAUACUGAAGACACAACGGUGGAGGCGUUUGAGCUUGUAGCAGAUAGCUCUCGUAAAUUGAGCACUAUCGGCGGAGAAAAGUUUAUCCUUACAGGCACAAACAUGGGAUUCAAGCAACGAGCCGAUGGUUCUGUGGUAAUAAAGCUGCUCACAGUGCAAUAUGGAGCGUACGGAACAACUUCGCCGUACACCGCAACAAACUGUUUUCUAGUAAAUGGAAAUACUGGUGUUGAGUGUACCUCAGCUCCCGGAGUUGGGGCCAACCUCUACUGGAAUAUCACUCUGGUCAUGACAGUUCCCACUAUUGGUGACACGACAUUCCAAGCAUCUUCAUCCGUUCCGUUAGCAUCGUAUGGUGCUCCAGUCAUUGACUCGGUUGAGUGCAAUACUGCGUUCCCUACAAACGGCAGCAGUGUGGAUAACAUUAUCAUCUAUGGCGAGAACCUGGGAUCGACACAAUUGUCGAGCUCAGAUGCGCAGCCUAUCGUCUUGUACGGCUCCGACUUUGAGGUACAAAACUGUAAGCUGCACACUUCUACCCGUCAGUACGUUACCUGCCGUAGUGUUCUCGGUACAGGUACAAAUCUCCCAUUCACACUGGUAGUUCGCGGCCAGGCAAGUGCGACGUUCGCUACCAGUUGUCAUUAUGCUGCUCCUAUUAUAACUGCAGUGACAAUGGCAAAUGGAUUGCAAACAUCUGGAAGCGCUACAGUGGUGGUGAACGGAAGUGGGUUCGGAUGUCAGGGCUGCGCCAAUAUCACGGUAUGGUACAUGAACACCCUCCAUUCGUCCGAGUUGAAUGACUGCACGGUGGUGGUUGAUCAUAUUCAGUUGACGUGUAUGUCUCUACCUGGAGCAGGAGGAGAUUUCCAAUGGCAAAUAUCCGUUGACAACCAACUGAGCGUGUUAACCAGCGAAAUCAAAACGGCAUACGAUUUACCUCAAAUUCUGGAAGUAAUGGGCUUCAAGGACGCUUCUACCGCAGGAGGGACAGUCUUCCAGAUACGCGGUCAAAACUUUGGCCCUGAUACUGCCAUAUUUGUGGACCCGGUUGUUGAAUAUUCGUUCGAUAACUUGACUAUCCUUCGAGCUGUCCACUGCAAACGGCAAUACACCGACCCAAAGAAUCACAAUUUGAUUCAGUGCGAGUCCGUUGCUGGUAGCGGGUCAUUCCACUCAUGGCGCGUUACAAUUGAGGGCCAAACUUCGCUAUGGACGACACAAAACACGUCGUACGCCGGACCAAUUGUGAACAAGGUCUUCCGUCCGGAUGGAGAGGCAGAAAUUAGGACGAGUGGUGCGCAGCAGGUGGUCAUCACAGGCAAGAACUUUGGCAUCAUGAACGAAUCCGUUAUUAACAGAGUGACGUACGGAAUUAACGGGAACGAGUUCACCGCGACGAAUUGCUCAAUUGUGAUCAAUCAUGAACGGAUUUUAUGUACAACUGCGCCUGGUGUUGGUAAUCGCCUUGUCUGGAUCGUCACAAUUGAUGGUUUGACUAGUGCGACGCCUACUAUUAGCUAUGCUAAGCCAUAUAUCACAUCCUUGGAUGGAGAGGGAGCAGUAAAUGCGCUCGUUCGUGGAGGACAGACAGUAAUUAUUCGCGGUGGCAAUUUCGGACCAAGUGAUGUGGCAAUUGACAUUAUUUCCUAUGGUUCAUCUGGACGAGAUUAUCAAGUGACAGAAGUGAUCAAACACAAUGAUUCUACAAUUGUUUGUACGACGACACCUGGUGUUGGGGCGAACCUUUCUUGGAUUGUGUCAGUCGGGGAUCAGGAGUCGAGUUUAUCAACCUUCACAAGUUCGUAUGCUCCACCAGUGGUAACAUCCUUUUACCCAACGGUAGCACUAACGGAUGGAUCGACUCAAGUCACAAUUAUUGGAGAAAAUCUUGGGGCGAAUGUGACUUUUGCGGCGUCUCGGAUGAUGUUCUCGCCACCUCAAUCCAGUUUAUCAACGCGUCGUAUUCCUACGAUAGCUUUUGGAGACUUUGGCAAUAGUAAUUCCAGUGAAUACGUGGUUGUUCGGGUCCCAGUGGGAUAUGGCAGUGGAGGCUCUUUGCAGCUUCUGGUUGGUACAACGAGUGUUCAAAAGAGUGCUUUACUGCCAAUCAGCUAUGGUUUGCCACUGAUCGAAUCAGUGUUCACUGAUGAAGGCCCGAGUGAAUGUCUGCCUUCUUGCAUUCAGCUCACUAUUACGGGAACCAACUUUUACACCACUGGCCGCGUGCUUGUGUCAAAGUACCCCGUCACUACGAGCAAUUUUGAGGCUGCGAGCUACGAAUCCUCCGUUGACUUUUCAUCGUGGACUCACGAUACCAUCAUAAUACCGAAGUAUGUUGGUAAAUUGGGGUACGUGACCAUUGUGAUCGGUAGGGAGAAGAUACUUAGCAACUCAGCUCCUUUCAGCUGGGAUGAUCCUUCAAUUCUUGACUGGUAUACAUACAGUUCUACAUGUGGCGUGCUGGAUUGCUCAACGAGCUAUCGUUUGGAUGGAGAUACAAAACUCUUCCAAACGGAGCCAAUUGGAACAACUGGAGAACUUAACUACCUGUCAGCAACUAAUGGUGGAGCAACGCUGAGUUUGUAUGCCAAAUAUGUUGGUCGGAAUCCUCGGAUCUCUAUCGGAGGCAGUACCUGUAACAAUGUCGUAGUUACAACGCCCGUCAUCCCAUCGAGCGUAGUCCUAUCAGGAGCAAUUUCUGGUGUGAGUAGCAUCCGAUUGAUAUCGUGCAGCGUUCCAAGCGGUCAAGGAAGCAUGCUCGCUCUCAUCGUUACGCGUGGUACAACACUUAGCAGUCCAAGAUACUUCAGCUACAUUCCGCCUAGCGUGGAUUGGGUUGGAAGUUCUGCUACACUGUCCCCUACCACAGGAAAAAUGGUGACUCUUACUGGAGCGAACUUUGGCACCAACCCAAUCGUUUCAAUGACCUCCAGCUCUAACGCGUCUGCUUUGCUUACCAUCACAACAUUUGAUCAUUCUCAUGCCACGGUGAAUAUUCCUGCUGGAGAAGGUCAAAACUACACCUUGAAACUUAUCGCUGGGAAUCAAGAAAAGUCGACGACAUUCAGCUACAAUCCUCCUGUGAUUAGUAGCAUUGAAGUAGUUGACGCUACUACAGCCGGUGGGUCUACAAUGACUAUUCGAGGUGAAAACUUUGGAACUCGUGCACUCUCGAAUGAGCAUGCAGUUUCUCUUGGUGAUGCAUUUUCGUGCUCAAUCGAUAGUAUUGACCAUGAUCUCAUUCUUUGUACGACAAGUGAGGGUCAAGGCAGUGGACAUGACGUUGUCGUGACAGUGAGUGGACACGCCAAUGUGGAUAAAACGAAGAAAUUUAGCUACGAUCCACCUGUUGUCUACAGCAUCAGUAGAAACGAUGGACCAACUUCAGGAUACACCUGUAGCUGUACAGAUCCAGAUCAACCGUGUGCUACCUUGGAAGCACCAAUCAAGUGUCAAUAUCUCGAAGCAAGUUCGACAAGCUCUUCUCUCGAUUCGUAUUGUGUCCAAACCAUUUUAGAUGGUGUUUUACAAAAGGUUACUCUCACGGUGGUGGAAGACGUGUAUUCUAGCAACAAGGCAGUGUAUUUAAGUGAAGAGACAGAUUUGCAGCUCCUGUACACUGGUGGGUUUUGGCAACUCCUUCAAAACGAUGAAAGCCUUUACCGUGCUAGUGCGUCCACUGUAAGUCCACCUACGACAGGUUGGCUCGAUGUUACGGUGGAUCCACCUGUUGAUGCUACAAUGAAAGUCUACCCAGGAUCUUGCUCAAAGACUGCUUCUCGUGCUUGUCCAGUGGGUACGGAGCUAUGUGAGCGCGUAGCUGUCACGAUUGUGGGCAAGAAUUUUGGUGUGCGGUCGCUUGGCUGGCAUCUUGAGCUGGCUAGUAGCGAUGGAUCGAUUGAACCGGUGAAAGUAACAAAUGAUGAUAUUGUAUACUUCAGCCACUCGACCAUCAAGUUUAACCUGCCUCCUGGCCAAGGCAUUUCGCGAAUCGUUAAUCUGACUGUCUCCGAGCUUCAGCUUGUCAAUAAGUCUGUCGAAUUUGACUACCAGACCCCUGAGUUGAUCGGAUAUGAGACCAGCACGAGCAACUUGUCGACUUGCGGUGGCUACACGAUAACUCUCUAUGGGAAAAACUUUGGGUCAGCCAGAGCAAAGGUUCUCAUUGGUGGUCGUGAUGCGCGAGUUGAUGGUCAGAGCUCUCAUCCCAAGGCUUGUGGUUCUGACACGUGUGAAUACUCGUCCAGCGGGCCCUGCAUCGAUAUUGAUACAUUAGUCUGUUAUCCAUCGCUGUACGUCGUCAGUCCUACGUUCAACUUCCUGGACCUUUGUGAUGACGACAAGGGAACGCAAAUAAUGUGUGAAGCUGUCGAUCCUGCGGUAGAUCUGGCUGAAAAUCUUACCAGUCACUCAGAUUUUGUUAUUGAAACUACAGUUCCAGCUGGAUACGGAGCCGAUCUCGAAGUCUACGUAGUUGUCGAUAGCCAACCUAGCAAUGCCUUGACCUUCUCGUACAACCAACCUGUGAUAACGGCUCAGAUGCCGAAUCAGCCCGAUGCAAACGGUGCCAACGCUAUCACGAUCAAGGGCACCGACUUUGGUUGUUUCCCGAGCGAUGCUAUCACUAUUUCCUUUGCCUCCACUGACACGGUGCAGCCAAUUUCCCGAAAACUGGGUGCAGCGAGUAGUAUGUCGGACUUGGAGACCGCGUUUCACGGUGAAUCUUAUCGACAGUUAGCUGAAACAACAACUCCAGCUGACGCAACAAACACUAGCUCGAAUUCUACGGGGACUAUUGUUUGGAAUAGCUCUUCUGAAUUGAUCUGGUAUCCUCCCAAGACGAAGGCUGGUAUCACUAGCAUUACGUUGUCGGUUGGUGGGAACGUCAUGUCUGCUUCAAGCCAGACACAACUGAAGUUCCAAUGUAGCCCAGGGUAUUAUCGAACCUCCACAGAAUUCUGCGAUGAGUGCCCUGAGGGUGCUACUUGUGCUGGUGGAGACGAGAUGCCGUUGGCCAAACCUGGUUACUGGCGUGAAGGUGAAGUAGUUUUUGCAUGUGAUCCAAUGUACGCGUGUUUAGGUGCCAACAGGUGUGCCGUGGGAUAUAUGGACAUUCGAUGUGGUGAAUGUGAGAAGAACUACCACAAGCUCAACGCUGAGUGUAAUCUGUGUCCUGACAACAAAUGGGGAUCUGUCGCAAUCGUGGUUAUUUGUCUAGGUGUGGCAUCCAUUGUGAGCUAUCUGCUGACUCGAAAAGGAGUGAGUCUGGGUCUGCUAUCAAUUGGUAUCGACUACUUCCAGACUCUCUCGAUUUUUGGUAAUGCUCGGAUUUCCUGGCCAGCGUCGUUGAUUAACCUGUUUUCGACUUUAUCUGCUUUCAACCUUAACCUGGAAUUGAUCGCACCCGAGUGCUUCGCAUUCCAAGUAUCGUUUGUGAACAAAUGGUUCAUCAUCGAGCUUUUCCCAUUAGUUGUUGCUGCCACUUCGCUCGGUAUUUUCGCGGCGCUGUACGCGUACAAGCGUUUUAUCAAGAGGCGGCGCACGAGACUAACAUCACAUUUACCUCAGCUGUUUGGUUCCACACUUGUGAUGAUGUAUUAUUUGUUCCUCUAUCUCACACGAACAACUUUGGAUGUGUUCAACUGCGUUGGAACCAUACCGUCGGAUGGGAAAUUGUACAUGGUGGCCAUCUAUACGCAGUGUUUCAAGCCUGGUGGAAUUCAUAUGCAGCUCUUCCCAUUUGCAGUACUGGCCUUUGUGGUCUACUCGCUGGGUUAUCCGCUUUUCGUGCUUCUAACACUAUCUCGUAACCGUGCGUUAGUUAUGGAGGACCAACUUUUAAGAGCCAUGCAGCGAGGGACGAGUCGACGAACGAAUCCAAACUGCUGGGUAUUCAGGAAGAAAUUCUCCAAGCUGUACUACCAAUUCAAGCCCGACUACUGGUACUGGAUGGUGCUCAUUAUCCUGCGGAAGUUCUUGUUGGCGGGUAUUGGGCUGCUCUUCCGUCAGGAUCCAGUGUUCCAAUUGGCUACGGCGACGUUCGUAUUGUUCGUCAACUACGCGCUCCAAGUGCGUUGUCGCCCGUAUAUGAGCGCUUACGAGACGCAGCGAGUACUAGCCGACUACGCCAAGCGGGUAUUGUUGGAAACUCGUCGAGCCAAGGCAAAAGGUGAAGCUUUCAUUCAGCCCGCACAUCUUCGUCUUGAAAUGCAUGCAUCUACGGUAACUGCGUGGAAGAGCGGACACGGUGAUCACGGAGGAAGUGGUGUGGCUGGCAGUGCUGCCUCGCCAGGUAUACGUGGUGCGAACGAGGCUAUCCUUGCUUCUCAGGAACCACAGAAUCUGGUCGGAUAUCUCUGGGAUCACAACACGGUGGAGGCAUGUCUACUUUUUAGCGCUUCCCUAGUAUUAUUGGCCGGUGUCAUGUUUGAAAGUGGUCGCCUUGGAAGCAGCGAAACUGGUUUCACCAGCGCUUCAGCUCAAAUGCUGGCUAUUGCGACCACGAUGCUAGUGGUGGUUAGUUGUGUGUACUUUGCUCUUGUGUUGAUCACGGAGCUCGUUGUUGCACUCCGACCGGACUACUACAAACGUAUCACUCGUGUCCAAAAGGUUUUCAGCAGUCCUCGACGCCACCUUAAGGAUGACACUGAAACAGACCAUAGUAAGCACCGCCCAGCCGGGGACGACGACAGCGAUAACGAUGAUGAUGAUGAACUGGAGAUGGUCGCGACUAUGACCCAAAACCCACUGCACUUUAACCGUGCACUGGCUGGCGCUCGUGGACGUGCCAUGCGAGCCAGAGAGCGAGACGCACUUGCUGCUUUACAAGAUAUUCAACGUCGCGGGUCAAAUCCAAGAAGAAACUCCCCACAACAUCAGAGUGAAAGAGGAGUACUGUCAGAUGAAGAAAAUGUUUCGCGCAGGAGAAGGUCUCAGCGUCGGCGAGGUACUAAACGAGAUGAAAAUCUUAUGGCAGAACUGACGUCGGCAAUUGAGGAGACCGAUGAUGUGAACAAGCAACGUCGUGGCGCUGACGACUAAAUCCCACCUAAAUAUGCUACAGAUAUAACAUUUAUAAAACAUUCUUCAUUUUACGAGUCA